AUGACCAUCUUGCAUACUAAAAUAUAUUUAAGGUGCGGAUGUGCCACCGCAUGUGGGACAUCACUUGUUCACAUCUGUAUCCUUUUUGACAUUUUAAAUUGGCAAAUGUUAGUUCAACGAAACUUAAAACGCUAUGGACCCAGAGCUCUUCAGGAAGUUGCUAGCGUGCGGGCCGUUGCUACGCCCAUAGCUAGACCCCUAUCCUAUGCCAGAACUCCCGACAGAAUGAGUUCAACAAACGGAUUUGUCGGAAUGUCUCUGUUGAAGACGAAUGUUCCGCAGCUAUUACAACUCAGAUUCGCAUCAAAUCAGGGACCUCAGAAUUUCCGCAUGAAUAUGAACGGUGAACAAGAAGAUGCUGAACCUGCUUUGAAGAAGUAUGCCACUAACCUGACGGAAAUGGCACGUGAAGGCAAACUAGAUCCUGUCAUUGGCCGUGACGAUGAGAUUCGUCGUACUAUUCAGAUUCUUUCUCGUCGUACCAAGAAUAACCCAGCUCUGAUUGGUAAUGCUGGUACGGGUAAGACUGCUAUUAUGGAAGGUUUGGCUCAGAGAAUCGUGAGGAAUGAGGUUCCCGAGAGUAUGAAGGGAAAGGAAGUGAUAUCCUUGGAUCUGGGAUCACUUAUUAGUGGUGCCAAAUUCCGUGGUGAUUUUGAAGAACGUCUCAAGGCUGUUUUGAAGGAGCUGGAUGAGGCUAAGGGAAACGCAAUUUUGUUCGUAGAUGAACUCCACAUCCUUCUUGGACUGGGAAAAGCCGAUGGAGCUAUUGAUGCAUCCAAUCUGCUGAAGCCGGCGUUGGCUAGAGGCCAGUUGCAAUGCUGUGGUGCCACUACGAUCGAAGAGUACAGAAAAUACAUCGAGAAAGAUGCUGCGCUUGCCAGAAGAUUCCAGCCGGUUCUGGUAAACGAGCCUUCUGUGGAAGACACCAUAAGCAUUCUAAGAGGUCUGAAGGAGAAAUAUGAGGUUCAUCAUGGUGUGAGAAUUGCGGAUGCGUCGUUGGUAUCGGCUGCUGUUUACAGUAACAGAUAUAUCACAGACAGAUUUUUGCCCGAUAAGGCCAUUGACCUGGUGGAUGAAGCUUGUUCUGCUCUCAGAUUGCAGCAUGAAUCCAGACCCGACGCUAUUCAAGAGCUGGAUAGAGCUAUAAUGACUAUUCAGAUUGAACUGGAGUCGUUGCGCAAGGAAACAGACCCCUUGAGUGUUCAAAGGAGGGAGAAACUUGAGGAUCAACUUUCCUUGAAGACUGCAGAGCUGAAGGAGCUCACUGAUGUUUGGGAGAAUGAAAAGAAGGAACUCGAGAAGAUUAAAAAUGCCAAACAAGAGCUUGAAAAGGCCAGACAGGAUCUUGAGGUUGCGAGAAGAGACGGCAGUUUUGCCCGUGCUUCCGAAUUGCAAUAUGCUAUAAUACCAGAGCUGGAAAAACGACUACCUAAGGAUGGGGCCGAAAACACCAACGACCAAGGCUCAACCCUUCUGCAUGAAUCGGUCACAUCUGAUGAUAUUGCGAGGGUUGUUUCCAAGAUGACUGGUAUACCAGUACAAUCGAUGCUGAAGGGUGAGAAGGAUAAGCUUUUGUAUAUGGAGACUGCUCUCAAGGCCAGAGUUGUUGGUCAGGACGAUGCUAUCCACUCUAUUGCAGAUGCUGUUAGAUUGCAGAGGGCGGGCUUGACAACCGAUAAGAGGCCUAUUGCGAGUUUUAUGUUCCUCGGUCCAACCGGUACCGGUAAGACUGAACUCACCAAAGCAGUUGCCGACUUUUUGUUCGACGAUGAGAACGCUGUUGUGAGAUUUGACAUGUCUGAAUUUCAGGAAAAGCAUGCUUUGAUGAGACUAAUAGGUGCACCACCAUCCUAUGUUGGUUAUGAGGAAGGUGGUGAGCUCACCGAAGCUGUCAGGAGGAAGCCAUAUGCGGUAGUUUUGUUUGAUGAGUUCGAGAAGGCUCAUUCGGAUAUCUCGAAGCUAUUGCUUCAAGUGCUGGAUGAGGGUAAAUUGACGGACUCGCAGGGUCACAAGGUGGACUUCAGAAACACGAUCAUCAUUAUGACCUCCAAUAUAGGACAGGAUCUGUUACUUGCCGAUGCCAAUGACAAACCCAACGAUUCUGGCUCCGUCACUCCGGAAGUGAAGCAGAAUGUGAUUGAGCUGAUGAAGAGGCAUUACGCACCCGAGUUCAUUAAUCGUGUGGAUGAUGUUCUUGUGUUCAACAGACUCUCAAAGGAUGCUUUAAGAAAGAUAGUGGAUAUCAGACUGGACGAGGUUCAGGACAGAUUGGUGGAGAGAAGAAUCGAGUUGAGGCUUACGGAAGCUGCCAAGGUCUGGCUGACGGACAAUGGAUAUGAACCAAUGUAUGGAGCCAGACCUCUCAACAGACUUAUCAAGAGAGUGAUAUUGAACUCAAUGUCGGUCCAAAUGAUCAAGGGCGAUAUCAAAGACAACGACGUUGUGAACGUUGAUGUUGGAUCUGAUGGUCUGUUGAAGAUUGAGGCGAUUCAUGAUGCUGCUCUUUCAGGACCUGAAACCGAUCCAGCACAAGCAUAG